AUGAUUCGACUACUCCUGCCAUCUACUUUGUUGUCGCUUGUGCUUCAUGGCUUCCCGACUCCAAGCCAUGCUAAAGCAAUUGUGCAGCAUCGGUCAAGCGGUGGUGCCGGAAGUGGCUAUUACGACCAAAGCAGUACACCAUACCCGCCAUAUUCUGGUGAACAAAGCGGUCCAGGUGGAGGGCAAUCCUACACCGGUAAAGGCAAGCAGCCUGCGUACGAUCCACCAACUGGUGGGCAGGGCUUUCCCGGUGGAGGGCCACCGAGGCCCCCGAAGAGGCCUGGAGAGGGAAGACCUCCUGGUGCGCCCGGCAAGAAGCCCGCUGUUGAGAAGACUGUUCCCGACGAAUUGGUUCGCAAAUAUGAAGUACCAGGCCGAGAGGUCUACAAUGCCUGGCUGAUGGCGGCCACUGCAUGGUCAGCAGGCACGCUAAUGUCGCAAGACAAUGCUCUCGGGCCGGACCCACGUAAGAACAACUGGGCCAGGGGCGCUGCGCUUCCUUACGAAUUUGUCGAUGAGGCAUUUACCAUCCUGGAUACCACAGGAACAUUGGACAAGAACAAUCUCUACGGCCUCCGUAGUGUUCUGCAGCAAUAUCAAGUUGGCGGCAAGUCUGGUAGUAGUGCACCAUGGGAAAGGCGUAGGUAUGUCAAUACCGAACCGUACGACGGUCGUGAAGAGCAGACCACAGGCGCAAACAUCCGUCUGAAGAUGGAGCAGAACAAACCGUACAACCCUGCAAAUCGUCACUCUAGCAACCGUCUUCCGGCGCUUGGAACAUAUUACGAGACCACUCUUAACAUCGUUGAUGGAGUCAUACUUGCCGAGCAGUAUGAAGAUCUAUACCACGGAUGGAUGGUGCAGCAUCCCAGACAAAGCAUUCAGUUGAAAUCGCGGCCUUCGUUGUACACCUGGUCCGACCUCACAUGGUAUCUCUGGGUGAUCAUGAGACCCGAGAGGCGUCGGCCUGUUGGACAACGACUGGCACGUCUCCCGUUCAGGACGAGCGCGACUAGAAAUCCAUUCCAGAAUGUACCACCACACUUGACUGUCGAGAAUCUGCUGAGGGAAUCACAGGCCACAGGGGCUCAGGGGGAAGGCAUGGGCGCCUUCUUGAACUACAUUGUUGUGACAAACAUUCAAGACCCAGAUACGCUAAAUCUCAUUGUGAGAUGCUUGGGAUCUCGGUUGUCGAAGGACUUAGAUGUGUUGGACAACACAACUUUCGCAGUCGGGCACUGGUGUUUCUACGCCUUGUUGGGAACACGCGCCAAUCGCAUGAUAGCGGAAUUCCUAGCACAACAUCGGGGUGCUAAUCAGCUGGGGCACAAAGUCUUGCUGUCAGCAACAAUAACUCAUGCUGACCCAGAUGGCAACGUCCGCAAGCCUGCCAUCAUUUGGAGAGUGUCAGAGGAUGUUGCUGGGGCGGCACAGUCGAUGAGCCACAUCGAGAGCCAGUGGCUACCGCCUGUCGGUCAACGCGAAACUUAUUGUUAUCCAGAAAUUGAUCCUUGA